GCUUAAACAGUAACUGACACAUCUUUCCGUGGCUGUUCCCGGCUCCGUUUUGGCUGAAAAACCUUGCGUUCUUGGUUUGGUUCUCAGUCAGCUGGAAGCCACCUUGUCUCUGUCUGAACUGUUUCAGUCGCAUUUUCAGCCAUCAAAGUUGGUCUUGCCGCCGUCUCCCUCUUUUGCUUACUUCCGUGUUUUAAGCUUCGUUUCCCUUUCAUUGUGAUUCAGGUCAUUUGUUUUCGCUUAGGUUGAAGUUAAGACAGAAUAAGCGAAGAGGAGGAUUUUGUGGCUUACAUUAACAUUAGAUACCUUUGAAUUGAAGUGUUGAUUGUACCUCUGAAUUGAAGUGUUGAUAGAUGGCGUUGAGGCGUAUGCUUGGCUGGUCAGAUGGUGAAUUGAUGAGAUCAGAUGCAAAGCCUUGUUCCAGAUUAAUGAGACAGACAGCUGGGAUUUUUACUGUUGGAGGAGCUUUAGGAUUUUGGGUUCUUUGUAGAUUGCAUUAUGGCCCUAGAAUUACCAUUCCGAGAAGUCUUCGAUGGGCUGCCUGUGGAGCUGUGUCUGUCAGCUCAACAUCUGCUUUGUUGGUUCGAGUUUUCAGCCCCGAAUGUGAACCCCAAAAUAUAGCUGCAUACGACAAGUAAGGUGUCUAAUGCGGGUCGAAAUCUAUUGAUUUACCAGUGCGGUAACACUACCUUUUGUUUCUUGUAUGGUUGUGGGGGAUCUUUGCUAUCUCCUUGUUUAUCAGUUUUGUAGUGCAUGGAUCAUAAGCACUCUAGUGGUUGCUUCUUGUAUGCUUUCCUGCCAUUUGCUGCAAGAGUAAACCAUCUUUUGAGUUAUAUUA